AUGAAGACGGAGCAGCUGGACUACGUUCUGGUGCCGCUGGGGCUGGCGGUGAUGGCGGGGUACCACGCGUGGCUGCUCCUCCGCGUCCGCCGCCGGCCGUCGACCACCGUCAUCGGCGUCAACGCCAUCAACCGCCGCAUCUGGGUCCGUCACGUCAUGGAGGAGCCGUCCGGGAAGCACGCGGUGCUGGCGGUGCAGACGAUCCGCAACAACAUCAUGGCGUCGACGCUGCUCGCCUCGACGGCCAUCACCCUCAGCUCCCUGAUCGCCGUCCUCAUGUCCAGCGGCGGCGGCGGCGAGGGCAGCGCCAGCGCCGCCUCCACCGACAACAGCGGCGGCCUCCUCCCGGGCGCGCCGCUGGUGGUGGGCGCGACGGGCGCGCCGGCGCUGUCGGCCAAGUUCUUCGCGAUCCUGGUGUGCUUCCUGGUGGCGUUCCUCCUCAACGUGCAGUCGAUCCGGUACUACAGCCACGCGAGCGUGCUCGUGAACGUGCCGCCCGGCGCGUGGCGCCGCCGCCGCGGGCGCGCCGCCGCCGUCGGGUACGCCACGGACGUGCUCAACCGCGGGAGCUACUUCUGGUCGCUGGGCGCGCGGGCCUUCUACUUCUCGUGCCCCGUCUUCCUCUGGCUCUUCGGGCCCAUCCCCAUGCUCGUGGCCUGCGUCGCCAUGGUCUGCGCGCUCUACUUCCUCGACGUGUGCAAGGACUGGGCGGAGGAGGGGGACGGAGGCGACGAUGAUGACGAUGACCAUCAGUGUACUAGCGACGAGAGGUCGUCAACAGGGCAACAAGGGAAGGAUGGAGAGCAGCAGGUGUAG